AGACAAACCUGUGGAGCCUACCAAUAGCGGAUAUCUAGCAGGAUUAAGACAACGCAGAAAGGAUACAAACGGUUUCAGUUAUUUUAAUUCAAUUCAUUCUGUUGCGAUGGCUAAAAUCGGUGCAGCAUGUGUUCUGCUCGUUUGUCUGUGGCUCAGGGCGAGCACUGCCCUGCCAGCGUUUGAAGAUGACCGGGAUUUGGAUAAAGAACUCUAUAUCCGUCAACUUGCCGAAUGGCUUGCUGAUCAGUCGACUGAUUUCUUGAACGAUCUGACCAGCUUCCCACCAUGUAGGCCGUGCAGCUACGAACAUCGACAACCGAUAGCCGUUGUCCCGAGGGCACCGUACGCGAAACGUAACUCCGAGCUAAUAAACUCGCUGCUCAGCCUUCCGAAAACGAUGAAUGAUGCCGGCAAGUAAAUGGGUCUCUAAAGCGUGAAAAGGAGGCAUGUUGCCUGUCGGAAGCUAUAGUUGAUGGAGCAAUGCAUAUGAUACGAACAGUCCAUAUCCUUCCUUUCUGGACAUCGGUGCGCACGCGGGAGCGGGAACCAUUUUUACAAACCAUUCCACGUCGAAAUGUUAAAACAGUUUUCUUCCCAAAAAUAUUGGUUUGUUCCAUUCUCCUCCUCCUCCUCCAAUACAUGCCGAGCUUAUUACUGGGGCAAUAGAAACAAAACGAAAAAAAAAAUUAAAAAAAAAAUCCAUAUUGAUGUUACCGGAGAACUGAUGGUGAAAUAUAAGUGAUUUGCUCCUACUACUACUGCUACUGCUAUUACCUAAUCUAUCACAAUCUUCACUGCUAUCUAUAACAUACUGAUAUCCGCAACACGCUAAUCAAGAGUGACGCGUUCGUUUAUCCUUUUGACUUUGCAGCGAUUUCGCUUGAGGAGAGAGAACGUUGUUUGU